AUGAAUUUAUCCUUGAUAUUCUCAGUCAUCUUUGUUGUUGCAGCAAAUGAUUACGAAUUGUUAGCAUAACUUUAAAAUUAUGAAUUCGGAAAAACUAUUAUAGCAACAAUGCAAAUUACACUAGCAAGCGAAGAGUAAAAUUUCAUUCAUUUUAAGUGCAUCUGUUGAUGGAGUUGUAAAUUAACUUUUGGCUAUGUAAAAGGCUACUCAAAAUGAUCUAGAUGAUAACUCAUAAGCUAUUAAACAAAGUUAAGAAUCUUGCGAGUUAAGAUUUAAUGAAUUGUAAACUGUAAUUGAAAAUGCUUCAAAUAAAAAAGCUGAUAAUGAGAGAACUUUGCCUUUCAAAUAAGAAGAAUUAAAUAUCAUUGCAUAUCAAAUUAAAGACAAGGUUGAUUAAUAAAAGCGAGUUCAAGAUAGAAGAAAUGGAGCAGAAUUUUCAAGAUCAGUUGAAAAAGUAUGUGAAAUAUAUAAAUUAGAAAGAUUUCUCAUCAAAAUAAUAAGAAACCAUAGAUUUCAUAUCAGGAUUAAAAAAGGCAAAAGCCAUUUUAUCAUAACUUAAAAGUUCCUUUUUGUAAGUAGGCGAUGUCAGAGCUAAAUUACACAAACAUCUUGAAUCCUUAAAUAAGAGUAGUCCUUAUCACGGAUUAGUGAAAAUCCUGAUUGCAGCUGCAGGCGAUGAUAAUGUACCAAAAAUCAUAUAAAUAAUUGAUGAACUUGUUGAAGUAAUUUAAUUAGUAACUAGAAAAGUCAUUGCAACACUUGCUCUCUGUUGAUAGAUCUGGAGAUGAACAAAAGGAGGAACUUUAUUAAUUAUAAAAAAGUAGAUAUGAUUCAGAAUUAUAAACUUUAACCACUACAAUAGCCUCACUAUAGGCAGAGGCAGAAAAAUAAAAGCAGAAGUUACUUGAGUUUUAAAAUGACAUUGAAACAAAGGAGCAAUUCUUAACUGUAAAAAAUUAGGAGUACAAAGAUUGGAGAAAAACUUGUGAUGACGAUUUAAGAGCUAACCAAAAUUUAAGAUAAAUAAAGUAAUAUGUUAUUUUAAGCUUUUCAGAUUCAAUGAGUUAAAUAUCAUUAAUGAAUGCAUUGAGAUCUUCACUACUAGACUUAAUCCAUAGAUCAAGAGUUAUAUCUAAGAAUUAGAGAUUUGAU